AUGGCAGAAGAGGUCGACUUAGAAGCACUGAAACUGACACCAGGAGAGUUCCUUGCCAUCGGGCUGGAUAUCACGAGGGGCAAGAAUCAUUGGGAGUAUUUGAAGGCUAGUGCAAAUGAAGAUCGAUUUCGAAAAGCUUUCGGAGCAGCUACAAUUACUUGCUCAGAAAUUUGGAAUGAUCUUGUGUUGCGUCAAGAGAUAACAGGCAAGCUGAAGCCUCGGUAUCUCCUUCUUGCUCUGCGAUACCUCAGCACCAAUGAUACCCAAGAUGAUUUGAUGAUCCUCUUCAAGAUUGGCAGCAAGCACACGAUCAAAGAUUGGACCAAUCUAUUCGUUCGCAAGAUCCAGCUGCUACUGAAAGACAAAAUUCUCAGUUGGGACGAGGUAGAUGAAGGAUAUAUUUUCUUCAUGACAGCUGAUGGAACACAUUGUCGCAUUGAAGAGCCCCGUCCUUUCUCAACUGAGUGGUCGAGCCACAAGUUUGGAGGCAAGGCGGCUUUGAAUUAUGAGUUGGGUUUGAGCAUCCACAGACACAAGCUAAUUUGGCUGUUUGGUCCGACUCCAGCAGGAAAGUUCAAUGACCUUGAAGUCGCUCGUAUGAAGCUCUUUCCGACAAUGAGAGCGUACAAUCAACAGCAUUCGAAGGAGCCGGGUUUGAGGAUCCUUGCCGAUAAUAUCUUUCAAGUUAAGUCUGAAGAGGAUAUUGUUUCCACCGACAAUGAGUUUGAUCCCAAGGAGCUUGCGAGAUUCAAAGAAAGAGCUAAGUCACGACAAGAGAAGUUCAAUGACCUUCUGAAGAAGUGGAAGGUGCUGGACACGGUGUUCCGAUAUGAACAAGGCACCGACUUUCAAGACCAACACAAAGCUUGCUUCGAAGCAGUCACAACUGUUGUUUGCUACUCUCUUGACAACAAAACCAGCAACCUCUUCGAAUCCGACUAG